CUGAGAUAGAAAAACUGAAGAAAAAAGUCAUUUGUCUGGUUCUUUUCGACCUCAAUCUACUUCUCAAUUUGUUUUCUAUUUUUUGCUUUAUCCUAUUCGAUCUUCUCUUCUGCUGUGGCAUCGAAACUGAUUCUCUCCAUCCAGAGUUGUUUUUUCAGGUGGCUUAAUUUACAAUUUCUGAUGCUGAGGAAAUAACAAGACUUGAAUACUUUUCUUUAUUGAGAAAGAUGCUGGAAGGUGGUGUGAAAUUCCCGGGAACAAUAGACCUCAACAAGCAGAACGAUGACUACUAUGAUUUCUCUAAGGGCUUUUACCAUAAGCUUGAGGAGGGCACGGAUAUGUUAAUUGACAGUAUUGGGAGCUUGCAAACAAGUAACCAUGGAGGAUCUGUUGCAAUGUCCAUUGAUAAUAGCAGUGUUGGCUCCAAUGAUUCUCAUACUCGUAUAUUGAACCACCAAGGGUUGCGGAGACGCCCCAAUGAUAAUUCCUCCAUUGCACACAGUGUCAAUCAUCGAGGAAGAGUUACACAUGCUUUGAGUGAUGAUGCUUUGGCACAAGCACUAAUGGACACUAGUUCCCCAACUGAAGGGCUUGACAAUUUUGAUGAGUGGACAAUUGAUUUGAGGAAUCUUAGUAUGGGUGAGGCUUUUGCUCAAGGGGCUUUUGGAAAACUGUACAGAGGUACUUACAAUAAUGAAGAUGUUGCUAUUAAAAUCUUGGAGAGGCCUGAAAAUGAUUCAACAAAGGCUCAGUUGAUGGAACAACAGUUUCAGCAGGAGGUGAUGAUGCUGGCUACAUUAAAUCAUCCUAACAUAGUUCGUUUUAUUGGUGCAUGCCAUAAGCCAAUGGUAUGGUGUAUUGUUACAGAAUAUGCCAAAGGGGGUUCAGUUCGGCAAUUUUUAAUGAAGCGACAAAACAGAUCAGUGCCCCUUAAAUUGGCUGUUAAACAAGCUUUGGAUGUUGCACGUGGGAUGGCAUAUGUUCAUGGCCUUGGAUUGAUCCACAGGGACUUGAAAUCCGAUAAUCUUUUGAUUUUUGGUGACAAAUCAAUUAAAAUUGCUGAUUUUGGAGUUGCUCGGAUUGAGGUGCUAACGGAAGGAAUGACACCUGAGACGGGAACAUACCGUUGGAUGGCUCCGGAGAUGAUCCAGCAUAGGCCUUACACACAAAAGGUGGAUGUAUAUAGCUUUGGGAUUGUUUUAUGGGAACUCAUCACUGGAAUGCUUCCGUUUCAGAACAUGACAGCGGUACAGGCAGCAUUUGCAGUUGUCACCAAAAACGUUCGCCCCAUCAUACCCAAUGACUGCUUACCUGUUCUCCGUGAGAUCAUGACAAGAUGCUGGGAUCCCAACCCUGAUAUUAGGCCACCGUUUACUGAAAUUGUAGGAAUGCUUGAGAACGCAGAGACUGAGAUCUUGACAACGGUUCGGAAGGCCCGAUUUAGGUGUUGCAUGACACAACCAAUGACUGCUGACUGAUUCUGGGAAAAUCAAUGAGAGUUGAAGAGCAUAGACUGAUAAUACGAAGGGAACGUGGGACUCAGGUAGUUAAAGGUGGAUUAUUUAAUAGCUGUGUAUGUGUGCUUAAUUUCUUAAGAAGAAAAAGUAUUAACUGGAUACCUGUCGAUUGUUUGGUUCCUAUUUACUGUCUGUUUUUAGUUGUAAGAGGAUUGUGUAUGUAAUACUUGCAUCCACUACAGUUAUGUAUAGCUGUGAAAGCAAAAUGGAAUGAGAUAAUAGAUGAAAACUUUGCUGUGUAA